AUGGAACAAGAACAAGACACAUCACCAAUGUCACCAUUCUGGCUUCCCAAAACCAACAACCACCGCCGUCUCCGCCGAUCUUACUCCAUCUUCCUAACAUCAACAUCCUUCCUCGUACUUCUCUUCAUAACAGCACUUGUUUUCGCACUCGUCGUUGUCCCCACGUUACGUUCUUUCAGUUCUAACAUCUUCAAACCCCAAGCGGUUAAACACUCUUGGGAUUAUUUAAACCUCAUACUCGUUCUCUUCGCUGUCGUUUGUGGCUUCCUUACUAAAAACGACACCAACGAAACUCAAACGCAAACGCAAACGCAUACUCCGCGUUUUGAAAGAAGCUUCUCGAACCCUGAUACGCCGCCGUCGUGGUAUCAGAAUUCUAAUCGGUCGUUUAACCGACUGAGAAGCGUUGGAUCUUAUCCGGAUCUUCGGCAACCACCGUCGUUGGAGGUUGCUAAUGAAGAACGGUACCGGUUUUAUGAUGAUACUCAUUUUCAGUUUCGUCAUCGGUACUCGAGACUUGAAGCUGACGAUGAAGUUUAUCGGGAAACGGUUACUUCCGGUGAAGUUUGUUUAUCUCCGAUGCGGCAACCGGAGAUGAAACCAGUGCUGGAUUGUGAAAUUGAAGAUGAUCGAGGAAGCGUUGAGCGUUUAUAUGAGGUGGAAACGAUUGAGAAACCGGAAAUCAAUCAUUCCGUUACUGAGAGUUCACUGCCGCCGCCGCUGCAACCGCUACCGGUUAGGAGGAAGAAGAAAACUAGAAGUGCAUCUACCGAAAAAGCAGCAACGGUCUCUUAUGAGGAAUUGUCCUCGCCGCCACUGCAACCACUACCGGUUACGAGGAAGAAGAAAACUAGAAGUGCGUCUACAGAAAACGCAGCAACGGUCACUUAUGAGGAAUUUUUCUCGCCGCCGCUGCAACCGCUACCGGUGGUGAGGAGGAAGCAAACUAGAAGUGCAUCUACAGAAAACGCGGCACCGGUUACGUAUGAGGAAUUUUCCUCGCCGGUGUUGGAACCGGAACUAAAUCCGCAUCCGGUGCCUCCGGUGACGAGAACGAAACCUGUUCGAAGAAAUGUCAAUCGAUCAUAUCAAUCGGAAAUGAUCGAUAAAUUUGAACGUACUGAUUUUGUGGCACAAAGUUCUCAACAGCCGCCGGCAGUGUCUGCCCCGUUAACGGAAGAGAGGAAGAUUGGUAUUCCGGUUAAGAAGAAAAGAGGGAAUGCAACUAAAGAGUUUUUGACCUCAUUGAGAGGAAAGAAGAAGAAACAAAGACAAAAGAGUCUUGAAAAUUUUGAUAGCAUUCAAAAUUCUCAACCUUCUCCCCAUGUUUCACUACCACCGGCACCACCACCACCACCUCCUCCACCGUCAGUUUUUCACAACAUGUUCUAUUCCAACAAAAGCAAACACAAAAAACACUACCUUGUUCCUGUGGCAACACAUAAACUUCAGCUACCAAAUAAAAGAGAACAUUCUAAUUAUAGAUUGGAGAAGAAUGUAGUGGUUACUGGUAAUGAGUCACCCUUGAUUCCAAUCCCUCCACCGCCACCACCUCCACCGUUUAAGUUACGGGCGUGGAAGUUUAGAGUUCAGGGUGACUAUGUUAGGGUUGAUAGCCUUAGAAGUUCAAGGAGUGGUUCACCGGAUUCAGAUGAAAAUCUCGAGUCACCAGUUAGUCGAGAUGAAACAAGCCAAUGUAGUAAUAGUCCCAAUGAUCAAGAUGGUAAAAAGAAUGUCACUGAAAUUGGAAAUGCAAGUGAAGGUUCAUUGUUUUGUCCUAGCCCAGAUGUUGAUACGAAAGCACACAACUUUAUUCAGAAUUUCAGAGCUGGGUUGAGGAUGGCUAAGAUGAAUUCCAUGAAGGAGAAGCAGGGAAUUGGAAGGUCUAAUCUUGGUCCUUUACAAAACUAG